AAACUUUGGCCGACGAAUGAUCAACAGCAGAGAGAGGUUUGAAGAGGAGCUCGACACACGGAGAGUCCGACGCUGUUUGAGACUGUUUCACUGUUUUUACUCCUUUUUUUUUUUUAUCACUUUUCACCAGCGAAAUGUUUCCAAAGUUUUUACGAACCUUGCUGGUGGUUGCGGUCUGCGCACGUGCUGCUUCAGCGGUCAGAAACGACACCGUAAGAUUGCGGACUUUUGGCCUUUAUGAGAGGUCAUUCACAGCUGAACCAAUACCAUUGGAUUAUAUUGAUCAAGAUAAUGUGGUGACCAGAUUUAAUAACUCUACAGACGCCCGGGUGGCUAACAAAACCAACACCUCAAGGAUGGAGGUCUCAGAAGAGGCGCUGCAGUUCCUCACAGGCCCUCUCUCCACCGUCCUCAUACCGUCCUUCUACACACUGGUCUUCCUCAUCAGCGUGCCCAUCAACAUCUGCGCGGUGGUGGCGUUCUCUCUGAAGAUCCGGCCCAAGAAGACGGCGGCGAUCUACAUGUUGAACCUGGCCUGUGCCGACCUGCUCUUCGCCGUGCUGCUCCCCUUCAAGAUCACCUACCACUUCGGCGGCAACAACUGGAUAUUCGGGCCGCUCAUGUGCCGUGUGGUCACCGCAGCCUUUUACUGGAACAUGUAUUGCUCUGUUCUGCUCAUAGCUUGCAUCAGCGUGGACCGUCUUCUGGCUGUAGUCUACCCUAUCGACUCCCUGUCCUGGAGGAGGCCACGCAACUCAAUCAUAGCUUGCGCCGCCAUGUGGAUACUAUCCUUCGUCGGCACCCUGCCCCUCGUCCUUUCCGACCAGACUGUCCGCCUCAGCCAGUUGAACAUCAUCACCUGCCACGACGUCCAGCCUGCGCAUAAGCUGAUGUGGCACUACAAGCUCUACUUCAUCACCCUGUGCUGCACCCUCUUCUUCCUGCCUCUGCUCGUCACGGUGGUGUCCUACGCUCGGGUGAUCUGGUCCCUGAGCCGGGUCCCGCGCGGGGUCGUAGGACGCUUGCGCAGAAGAACCAGAGCAGUGGUGAUGGCUCUGACGGUGCUGGUGAUAUUUGUGCUGUGUUUCACGCCCACAAACUGUCUCCUGCUCGCUCACUACCUGCAGUUUAACGAAGGCGUCACACACCAGGAGAACCCUGACGGCUCCUACGCAGCCUAUCUAGUCUUCAUGUGUUUGGGAAGUCUGAACUGCCUCCUGGAUCCCCUGGUCUACUACUUUGGAUCGUCCCAGUGCCAGAGACAACUCUCCAGCAUGCUGAGGUGUCAGAAGACCUCAGGGGGCAGCAGCUUCAGUCAUUCAUCUUCUGACUCGUGCAGAUCCAGCUCCAGAGCGAUUCUGAAAUCCAGCCGGAUAGAAAGCUCCAAAAUCCACACUACAGUUACGGGAGUGGACUCUUCGCAAGAAAACCUCAACAGCCAGUACAAGAAGCUACUGGUCUGACGGACUGAGCAGACAUGACUGCACCACUUAACUGACUCUUUGAAGGUUUUGAAAAGGAGACAUGUUUUAUUAUGAAGUUCAAGCAACAGCAAAUAGAGCACAAAGCUAAUCUGUAAGGUUUUAGCCGACUGUGUGUGUUUCACUUUCAUGAUUAGAAGGAAGGAAAUCCAGGUUGGAGAUUAGAUAAGAAUGUGAUUUCUAGAAGCUGAACAUUUGAUACUAUGAAAUGCUUUUAUUUUUGCACGGCAUGUGUAAGAGCUAAUGAGUUUAUAACGCAAGUCUAAAGGUAUAACAUUUAAUGAAUUUUUUUUUUGUAUUUUAUUGUGUAUAAAUCUGAUGAAAAGCACUUAUGUUUCAUGUUUUACUUUGUACUUUUUUGAAAAGCAAAACAUGUACAACACUUUUUUUUUUUUUUUUUUUACGUCUUAUUGUGUCCAGAUAAAUGUUCUCAUUGUGACAGUGUUUUAAAGAAACAACAGCGAUACACAGAGUGAACGAAGCAGCACUGUAGUUAGUUUCAUGUUGCCUCCUGCUGGUGUGAAAUGUGCUGUACUGAAUGUGUGUCCCAUUAAAACCGUCACUCGA